UUUCGUGUUCAGUCCAAUGGUGUGAUAGAACGAAUUGCUCCCUCUGGAAUGAUAUAAGGCUCUGACACCCAUUGGCUCUUUCCACUUCUCUAGCUUACACAAGCAUGAACAGCCAAAGCAACAACCAGGCGGGGAGUGACGUUACUGAUGAGGUUGCGGAUCGUGGCAAUACAGAUGUCGCGACGCACCCUGUCUAUCAGAACUCCGAACCCACGGAUGAGUCAACUAGAGGCCAUGAUCACAGCAACAGUCCAGCUUCCGCGGGAUGCCCUCAGAGCGGUGGACUAUGCUGUGCCUUGCUUGCCACGGAUUCAGACGCUGCACGCAGCGCAACGAAAACGUGUGAAAUCUGUGGCGAGACUACCGAUGCUAGCUGUGCCCAGUUUUACCGGACUGGAGAAAGCACGGAAUAUUACUGGGAGCAUCCUAGUGCGAGGCCGAAUGCCACCCAUCAGCGUGAUCAGAGCAAUGAAGAGUCGCAGAGGAAUGGUAAUCUGACCAAUGGUACUUUGACGAAUGGCGUUGCCUCCACUGACGUUACCCACGAAUCCGAGUAAGUCCCGUUGUCUAUAAAUGUGAACCCAGUCAGUCGAUACGCUGCGUUAUGCA